AUAUGGAUUCCGAAAAAGAAAAUCCUGCUAGCCCAACAACAGGCCGUGAAGAAGAAAUUCCUGGAUCCUCCCCAGAAGGUGUAUAUCCUGCCGAUGAAGAUCAUAUUUUCCACGAGGAUCAGGCCCCACUUCGAGUUGAAAGUGCUAAGCAUGAAGAAGAAAUUGUUGAGCAGCAGCAGCAGCAGCCGGAAGAUCUUGAACAAGGAGAUAUGAUUGUGGAGGAUGGUGAUCAACAGUUUAUGAAUAUGGUUCAAAUCACGCAGGAAGACAUGUACGAAGCGGGUUUCGAUGUAGAAGCAGGCUUUGAGCUUAAUCAUCUCACCGAAGAGCAGCUGAACAUUGUGGUGGCGAUUAGUCAACAACGACAGGCGAAACAAAACGAGCAAGAGCACAAUGAAGAAGUUGUCAUAGAAGAUGGUUCACAUCAUCACAUGGUUCAUCACGAAAUGAUUGAAAAUCAAUUUGAAGGUGAUGGAAAUGGGCCGGAGGAAGAAUAUGAUGGGAAUGGUCAGAUAAUCGAUAAUGCAAUGCAUAUUAUUCUGACAAAUGAUGGUGGAGUCAAUAUUACAUCAAAACAGAAGCAAUUCUAUGUUUCCCCCUCCGAAAUCGCCAAUUUGAACAUUGAUUUAAACAAUUUAAGCACUGAAAAUGUCCAUCAACUUGUGCAACUUGCUCUACCGCCCAUAAAAGAAAAAGCUCAAGAUUCUGCAUACAACGAUCAGGCUCCAUCAACAAGUUAUCACCAUCAUCAUCAUGAACAGUUGGAAGCUGGAAAAUCUACAAGAAGCCCAAUAAUUGGAGAAACCGUUCAAAUUCGGACAGCUGAUGGUCGUCUUCAAGAUGCGGUUGUCAAAUAUGUUCGAGGCGAUUCGGAGUACAAGAUCCAAUUAAUGAAUGGAGAAUUCGCGUACGCCACCAUCGACCAGAUGCUCGUACCCCAGCGAGACCGAAGUGAUCACGAGUAUCAACAAGUUGCUCCGCCCGUCUUGCUCCGGAGGACGGAUAUGGCUUCAGUUCGAAAUGCUGCUCAAAAGCGAUCAGCCAACGAUGAUCUGUGCCCUCCAGUUCUGAAAAAGUCGUAUCAGUUGGCUCCUGUCGUCGACGGACCACAUCUAGUACAUACUCCGAACUUUUGUUGCCCGAUUUGUGAUAAGAAGGUCUACCAGAAGGAGCCAUCGUACAUUGUUAUUCGGCUACCAGCUUGUGAUUCAUGUACUCGUGAGAAGAUUAUAGUUCUUGAUGAGCAAAGCAGUUGAUAUUCUUCAUUUUUACUCGAAAUUUAUGGAUUCAUUUAUUUAUAUGUUGCUAAAAUUCUAUUGUUGUAAAUUAAUCAUUUAAUUUU